UAUGAAUGUCCUUUUACUCUCGUAUAAGCAAAACAAAGCUGUUGCCGAUCGGUUUUUCAACACGUGAAAAAUAUCAAUUAUUGGUGUUAUAAUAAUAUUUGGAGCUGUGUCUCAUAUCGGAAACCAAAUCAUCUGAAAGCUAGCAGAUUAACGGCCUUAAAAUUCGCGAUAAAAUGAGACACUUUUUCGGCAAUUCUUUGGGAGGUGAUUCAGAUGACGAUGAAUUUGACACUGUAUCGGAGCCGGAGCUUAUUGUCGAUCCGUAUAUAAUGGAAGAGUUUCCAACAGUGGCGUAUGUCGGCGAGGAAGAAGACGAUGAUUAUGACCCGACGGGUGAUAUUUCAAUUGGGACAUCAUCCAGUGAGACAGACGAUUCCGAUGAUUCGGAUUUGGAAGAAGAGUCACCAAUCGCUAACGAGGAGGAAAGUAAUGCUGUAAAUUCUGCCCCAAAACGAGCGAUCGAUGAUUAUGAUGAGGAUAUGGAAGAAGACGAGGUUAUUAAGGCUAUUAUCACGGAAAUCAAGAAGCCCAGGUCAAAACCACCAGAUAUCAAAACAGAAGAUUUUGUAACAGGACUAUGCUUUCACCCAGAGCAGGAUCUUUUGGCCGUGGGUACUACUAUGGGCGAUGUAAUGAUGUACAAGUUUACGAAUGAUGAGUGCACAUUAGUGCAAACUCAUGAAGUACACACGAAAUCAAUCCGUGAUGUAGAUUUCAGUUUGGAUGGUGAAACGUUAACCACAACUGCACGUGAUCGUUCUAUAAUGGCAACGGAUGUUGAAACUGGUAAAUUGAAGCGGUUUUGGGAAGACGCUCACGAAGAACCAGUCUACACAAUGAGUUUCAUAAGUGAAAAUACCUUCGCCACUGGUGACGACGCUGGUGUGCUUAAAAUGUGGGAUUUACGUCAGAAAGAAGUGAUCUUCACGUUAAAAGAAGUGGAUGAUUUUAUUAGCCGUAUUAUGACCAACGAUCAGCGAAAAUAUUUGCUAAUGACCAGCGGUGAUGGCUAUUUGACGACAAUCAACCUACCGCAAAGAAAAAUGUACGUUCAAUCGGAACCGUACGAAGAAGAAUUGACUUGCAUGGGAAUUUUCCGCAAAGACAGCAAGUUAGUGGUUGGAUCGUCGAAAGGGAACUUCUACACGUUCAAUUGGGGACAAUUUGGUUAUCAUUGUGAUGCAUUCAAAGGCCCACAAUCUGGUAUCAAUAAAAUGAUCCCCAUAACGGAGCGAAUAGCUGUAACCGGAGGCGAAGAUGGUAGGUUGCGGGCUAUGCAUUUAGUACCGGGCCGCGUACUCGGAAUUGUGGGACAGCAUUCGCUAGCCGUCGAAAUGCUAGAUAUUAAUAGCACCGGUGAGCUGAUUGCAUCCAGUUCGCAUGAUAAUGAUAUUCGCUUCUGGAAUAUCCGUUAUUUCGAGGAUUUCGAUGACAUCGACUACGGCAGCAAGCUGGAUAAGAAAGCGAUGAAGCACAAUUUACCUUCUUCGAAGUUGACUAAUAAAGCGGAUUUUUUUGCGGAUUUGGCAGAAUAAAAUAUAGCAAAUAUAUACAUAUAUUGAAAGUUAUUUGUAAAGUUUAGACUUAGCGAUAAUUAUUGUGUCAAAGGCAUUCACGGAUAUAAUCUCAAUGAUAGAUUGAGAGCAAAAAUAUUAAAAAACAGAAAUAGCAAUUGCUUUCGGUUUCUGUUUCAUAGAAUGAUUGCAUGAAAAUAUAAUCUGUUGAUUUGA